GAAUGGAGAUAAACAAGAUCAGUUAAAUCGAUUAGAUUCUGUUAAGGAAAGUAUUGGCGAGGAAGACGAAGAGAUACUUAAAGAUAUUGGAACACCUGAUUAUGAAGGAUGGCUUAUGAAACAAGAUGAUAAAUAUAAAUCGUGGAAAAAUAGGUUUUGCGUUUUAAGAAAACAAACCUUGUUUUAUUUUCAGAGCGAUAAGACUGCACAAACAUCCCGACUCAAAGGUACUAUCAAUAUCAUGGGAUACCGAGUCAUUCCUGACGAGAAUAUAUUGCAGGGAAAAUAUGGAUUCAAAUUGGUUCAUGAUACUGAACGUGCUCACUACUUUGCUCAUGAAAACUUGGGGAAAAUCAGGGAAUGGAUGAAAGCUAUUAUGAAAGCUACAAUAUCAAGGGAUCUAACAUCUCCGGUGUUUUCAUCAAGUGAUUUAAGUACCAUGUCACUCGCUGAAGCUCGAAAACUUGUACAUAAACAACCUAAAUCAACGAAUAAGAAUUCAGAACCUCCAGAAGGUUCUGAUUCACCAACAUUAGAACGUUCAUUGUCUCCAACUCUUUAUCCACCUUCAAACAAUUUUAAUAGGUCGAAUCCACAACAACCAUCUCCGAGAUGUAGGUCCGUUUCACCAUUACCUGAAAUACCUGAAACAUCAGGACAAUCAACAACAAUGACGUCUUCGAAAUCCAAGAUAUCCACUUUUAAAAAACUUGUAAAAA